AUAAUUGUUUCGUUAAUUUACGUUUAGUAUGACCAACAUUGGGGUUUAAAAUCUCUGGUAAACUAGCAAAAAUGAUCGUAGAGGGGGAGAUCUAGGAGAUCAACAAUUUAUCGAAACAUACACACGAGAGACCGUGUGAUAAGGAAACAGCUAUCGAGAAGCCUUUAUAUUUUUAUUUGUAUUGUUGAGAUAUAUUGUUUGUAGCAUUUAAUCGAUAGUCUCUGUAAAUUGAUAACAGAACUUGAAUCAUGUCCAAUAAAUUCGAAACUAGUACUUGCAGGCUAAAAGCUAGUGAAGACAGCGGGGAUGAUGAAACACAGUCGAAAAAUAAUCAAAAAACUGAGAAAGAUUCACUACCUCCGAUAGAAAUUAGUCCGAACGAGCACAAAUUGCAGUAUGCAUAUGCGUUAUGGUACAGCAGGCGCAAUCCUGGUAAACAACCAAAUAUACAAAGUUAUGACCAGAAUUUAAAACUGGUCGGUAGGUUUGCGAGUGUCGAACAGUUUUGGAGUCUUUAUAGUCAUUUAGUCCGGCCAUCGGAGUUAUCGACACCUACAGACUUCCAUCUUUUCAAAGUUGGCAUAAAACCAAUGUGGGAAGAUGAAGCGAAUCAGAAGGGUGGCAAAUGGAUAGUGAGAUUAAGGAAAGGUUUAGUUUCCAGAUGUUGGGAAAACCUUAUAUUAGCUAUGUUAGGAGAACAAUUUAUGGUCGGCGAAGAAAUAUGUGGAGCUGUUGUAUCUAUAAGGUUUCAAGAAGAUAUAAUAUGCGUGUGGAACAAGACUGCAUCUGACUAUGCGACGACAGUACGCAUUAGGGAUACGUUAAGGAGAGUAUUACACCUUCCAGCCAGUGCCUCUAUGGAAUACAAAACUCACAAUGAAAGUUUGAAGAAUGUUCAUCGAUUGUAACAAUCUGACGAAAUGAUCACGACGUGACGGAUUUCAGGUAAAUUCAACUAUUUUCGAGACUCCAUCUCCGUGAUGCAAUAUGUGUGCUUUUCAAUUCUACAUUUAGCCAAUUGAUACUUGUGAGAUGAUACUUAGGAGAAAAAUAUUUGAAUAGCCAUCUUAUCGGAUAAUGCAUUCUGUUCGCAAGUGUUCCAAUGUAACUUAUGUAAAUAAAAUACAUGUUGAUAAUAAAAGAAUCAUCUGAUUUCUAAAUUAUA